UACAAGCCCAGGCGCUAUACCAGCAACUCCCUAAAUAAACUACCAUUGUAGAUAAUUAACGCGACAUUCGCACGACAUGACGAACUAACUAGUAUGCUCAUAGUCGAUUGGGUAAUGAUCAAUUACCGAUAAUGAACGUAAAAUUACAGUAAUUCAUUCCUGUGUUAACGUUGUUUGAACGAAGCUCAGUCCUAACUGAUCCUUCGUUGGAUGCGGUGUGUUUCAAAAUGCAUUUUGUGAUUCUUAUAUGUGUUUUUGCACUUACUGUACAUGCAGCUGUCAUCGAUCGCGGUCUUCAAACACAAUUGAACAUGAAUCGAGAAGUGAAUAAGACUGAGACUAUUAUUGAUGAUAAUGCUAAUGAUGUUUUAAAAGGAAGCAAUAAUAAAUCUGACAGUAAAGCCGAGUCACGUGAUGUGUUAAAACCAAGGAGCCCCAAGAAUAUUGAAGACAGCUUAAGUCCAAUUGAAGCCAUUGAUUUUGGUAACACAGCAAGAGUGGUUAAGGAGUAUAAUGGAGAAACCGUUGUCGAAAACCCAACCGAUCGCUUGACGGAGGAUAUUAAUGAAAAAGAAAACGAGUUUGAGCCUAAAUCCAACCACGAUUUCUUCGAAGAUCCCUCGAUCUUCCCGAUCAUAGACUGUCCAGAAAACUGCACUGAACUGGAUUUUAAUGAGUUCAUAUUCAACGAAGAUAUUCAAAGUAAAUAUAAGGAUGAGUAUUACGAUGACGCGAACGAUUUCUUUCUUGAUGCGUCUCGAUUUAAAAGGAGUGUGAACAUUAUCGAGGAGGAGAAUCGCGCGGUCACCGUUCCCAGCUACAAGAUCUCCGUAAAGGAUAUGAAAUUUAGCGAUACUAGAUCGUUCAACAAUGUACAUACUUAACAUUUCCAAGUAUUCUGGUCAUACAAUGUGAAGCGAGGGCCACAAAGCCUUCAUUGUUCUUUUAACAGUGGACCAAUUAAUGUCUUAGUCGAAGGCAUAAUUAAAAUUACAUUUAAAUUUAAUCUCGCGUUUUUUAUUGGACGCCAUUUUGUUUCUGACGUAUUGAAAACUUUACAAUUUUCGCGCGCUCGCUGUAAAUGAUUGUUAUUUUAAUAUGACGCUUUUAUAGCUUCAAGGGCCGUGGGGGAUUUUGUAUACCAGAUAUUCGUUAUAUCAAUAAACACGGACAUACGGAAAUGGAUAACGACCUUCGAUCAAUAAUUGAUCGAAGAUAACGACAUUAAAUUAAGUAUGUAGAACUUUUUGGCGGGAGCACGAAGAGGGAAAUGAAUUGUUUUUUUUCUGUUAAUUUUGUGUUCCUUAUGACAGGUUUAAAUGCGUGAUAGCCAUGGUUAACCUUUUAGCUUCUGUGAAAGUAAACAAGUAUGGCAAAAUUAAACGGAUGUAUUAGACGUUGCAGCUCUGGUUCUUAAAAAAAAUACUUAUCAAAUGAAGUCUCAGUAAAUAGUCAUCCUUUUACACUAACUUUAUUUCAUCUCAACUCAAUACGUUUCAUUUAAUUUCAUUCUAAUUGUUUAAAGUCUUAAUUUAAUCAACUUCAUCUCAUUUCGCUUCAUAUAAUUUUUUAAUUUAAAGGCCGGUUUACAGUUUGCGAAGUGUGAAGUGAUAAGUGUUAAGCGUUAACUUAACGCGAUAAGUCUCAAGUGUUAAGUAGUCUUCCGUUUACACAGUGUUUAGGAAGAAGCUCAAAGUAGUGGUACUGUCCGUUGUGCAUAGUGUCUCUAGAAAUGGAAGAUGAACAGCGCUUAAUAUUGAGACAAAUAAUUAAACAGAUUGUAUCUGUUGUGGUAUCUGAUAUAGAAAAUGAACUCAAUUUUGAAAUCAAUACGAUGUUAAGUAAGUUUUAAUAAUUGAUAUUUUUUAUAAGCUUCAUACUGGAGACAAUGGCGUCGCAACAAGCCAAUUGCCAUACUUAAAAAACGAAUAAGAAAAUCUUAAUUCUCGUACAAGUAAAACUUAACAAUUAUGUCGAAAUGUAGCGUAAACUUUCAAGAAUAUGUCUUGAUCAUGACAAAGCUGCUAGCACUAUCUAACCGCCUCGAAUAGAGCAGGACAUGUAUAUUAAAUAUAUUACUACUCCUCCUACUGAAAGCGUCCGUGUCCAAUGAAACGACGAAAUAUUUUUUCCUUUCCUAAUCGCUCAGCCUAAGGAGCAAUUAUAGCUAUACUCACGAACUGAACACGGAACCUUUAUUUUGUACUUACUUUUUUUUGAACCUUUAUCUCGUUCGUAACUGGCAUUAUCAGACGGCUCGGCUUAGUCCCUGGCAUUUCUGAUGUCCAAUAAUAGCCACUCAUCAUUAAGUAUCCCGUAUGAUUCGUCUAAAUAGGCACUCAUAAAAAUUUUUUUUUUAAACGCUAAGUUAUUUUUUUUAUUUUGUUUAUUUACGUGGACAUCGAAGCCUGUAUACCUAGCAAGAUGCCGAUAAGUCACUUACCUUGAUGCAUGAGGUCGACCAUCCCAUGCUUAAUUGUAAUCUUCAUUAUCAACUUAAAAUUUAAUGUAGAUUAAGCAUUUUUUUAAAUCUACUUGUAAAACAACUUAAAAUCUAUCUCUUUAUAAUUCUAAUUUAGUUAAAUAAAAAUAAAACGAACAAACUGUACUUAAAUUCAAAUUCAUUUUUAUUAUUAUUUUUACUACAUAAAAAUUCUUAAAAUUUACGGGUAGGUACCUAAAAUGUACACUCUUAAAAUCUAGGUACGAAGUAAUGGCAAAGUAAAUAAUUACAAUAUUAUACGAAUUAAGGCCUAAUCGUACCACAAAAUAUAUUUUUUUCUGGUAUGGCCACCCUCCUUUCAAAAAACAAACAUUUUUGCUUCGUCUUAAAAAUAAAUACCUACAAGUCGAUGAUUUGUUUCCCAUUUUUUCUCAAAAUAGCGUGAUUAAAAAAACCUUCAAUCUAAGUAUAAAUGUCACAUCGAACUUCAAAAUGUUUAAAAAUUUUAUUUAUGAAGUUAAUGUAAUUUAAAAAAUAUAAUUGCAUUAUCUAUAUUAUAUUGCCAUCAGCGUUUUAUUCGCAUUUAAGAUUAUCUAAGAAGCAUCAGUGAAUUAUUAAGGACAAAUUAUGGGCCAAUAAAUAUUAGAAAAAUGAACAAACUGAUUUUUUUAUCAACUCAUACGAUUUUAGUAUUUUUAGGCCUUAACCGUUCACACUUAUAAGGAUGAAAUAUAAAUAACAUGUCGUUUGUAGGCAAGAGACGUGUUAGACGAUGGUAACUAUGUCGAGUCGCGCCACGGAGCGCGGGAAAGCGAAGUUUGACGUUUAACUUGUCAAAUAACUAUUACAAAAUGGACUCUAAAAUUUACAAGUUACGAUUGCCGCGGUGGUCACCCUGAUAUCGAUUAAUCCAUUCA